UCUGGUUCUUCAUCAUGUCGACUGAGGUGUUGCAGCGGCUCAGCACCAUAACACUGAGCACCGAGCACCUGCGUCGUCUCCCUCACCUCUCAGACUUCCUCCCGUUCUCUUUACCGCCGCCUGGCCCCACCGUCGCUGCCUCCCAGGUGCCCAGCCUGUUCCGGGAACCCUACAUCCUGUCAGGAUACCGUCCUGUCCAGCAGGACUGGCGCUGCUACGUCCUCAGCCUCUUCCAGAAACACAAUGAGUCCCUGAACGUGUGGACCCACCUGCUGGCCGGUCCUGUGCUGCUGCUCCGCUGGUGGGCCAACGUCGCCACCCUGGGGUGCACCUUGGAUUCGUCCUCGCUACCUCUGCUCCUGUUCUUGCUGUCGUCUCUCACAUAUCUGUGCCUCAGUGUGGCGGCUCAUCUCCUGCAAUCUCACUCCGAACGCGCGCACUACUUCUUCUUCUUCCUGGACUACGUGGGCGUGGCCGUGUAUCAGUACGGGUGCUCGCUCGGCCACUAUUUCUACGCGUCUGAGCCAGCGUGGCGAGAACGCGUUGGGGUAAUGUUUCUGCCUGGCGCCGCCUUCUUUGGGUGGCUCUCCUGCACCGGCUGCUGUUACGCCAAGUUCAGGUACAGGCGGCCAUAUCCACCUCAGCGUAAAGUCUGCCAGCUGAUCCCCGCCGGCCUAGCGUACGUGCUGGGCAUCAGCCCCAUCGCCCACCGCCUGCUCACGGUCUCCUGGUCACACGAGCCCUCGCUGCCCUUCCACGCUCUCCAGAUCGCCUGUUUCCUCUCGUCGGCGCUCUUCUUCUCUUGCCCCAUCCCUGAGCGCUUCUUUCCAGGCACCUGUGACUUUGCCGGCCAGGGUCACCAAAUCUUCCACGUGCUCCUGUCCCUGUGCACCUUGUCCCAGCUGGAGGCUUUGUUCCAGGACUACGCCCGGCGGAGGGAUACAGUGGUGGAGUUAUUUGGGGAGCGGCAGUUGUGGUGGGCGUGCGUAUCCUUCCCCGUCUUGUUGGUGUGCUGCAUCCUGACGGCGCUGAUCGCAAUGAGGCACAUGAGCAAGGCGCUGCAGAGUAAAGACGAGUGA